UAUCAAAUCAGACAUCCUGGAGCGCCUGGCAGAGGCCAUGUUUUUCUACACAGCUUACCCCAAUGAUGCCCAGAGAUGUGCAGUGGCAGAGGCACUAGUUGCAAAGCAUCCCUGCUUAAAGGAGCCCGGAUCUUUUAAUGGAAUUUAUGGGUGGCAGGUAAGCCUAAAGUAUAAGUGUGGAAACUACCGGACAAAACGGAAAGCACUUGGAAGCACUGAACUCCUGAUAAACUCACUGAGAAACAAGUCAAGUGAUGAGCGAAAAGCCGCUAAAAAUGUCAAGAAACCAAAGAGGGCAGAGGUGAAUUACUUGCCCUCACACCCACAUGGUGAAACAGAUGACACCCUUGAGAAUCUGAGACUUGACCUAAUUGCUGCCCAUCAGACAAAGGACUCUGUCAGGAGCACAAAUGAUAUGAUGGCCAGAACAUACAGCUGGAGAAGACAGGAAGUUAUUACCAAGUCUCCUGGUGUGGCAGAAUUCAAGGAAAGAUGGCCUGCCCUCUUCGAACCAUUCCAGGUAAACGAGGAGUUCCGAAGAUGUACUGCAGUUUCCCUGGAAGCGACGUUUAUGUCACAGCUGGACAAAUACACCCCAAAGCUCCUAGAACUCUUUAGUGCCAAGGGAGGAGCAACUGGUCAACGCAUCAAAAAGUUGUUGAUGGAUCUGAUACAGGACCCAAGUGCCACUACAGUGAAGAAGAGAGAUGUCACUCUGAGAUGCCUCUUUGAGUAUAUGGGAGAGAGUGGACAGGAGCUUAUCUCGGAUUACUGUGGGGCCGCAGAGACCAUUGUUCAUGAGGACCUGAAAAUUAAGAACAUGAGCAUCUAUGUCUGCCGUGAGCCAGAUGCAGUAGGAAUCAUCAUUGAGGGAAUACCAGUCCUUACCAAUCUUGGAAACCUGGCCAAAGCAUGCUGCUUCCUGCUUGGGUUGACAUAUGCACUUAAUCUUGAGUAUCCAUCCAAGCUUUCCAAAACAUUUGAGGUGUUUCAAAGACUUUUCGUGGGACUUGACACACUGCGCCCAAAACCAAGCCCCAAGUUCAUGACCCUGAAAAACAAACUCCUUGCCUAGGCACUCAGACAUGACUGUCACUGCACUUGUGAACAGCUGUUUUCUUUGUCUGUUCAACAUCAUUAUACAUUGGACAUAAUGGGUGUUAUGUCCAAUGUUAUAUUGGACAUAAUUGGACAUUCAGGUUGUUGUAAUGGUUUAUCCUUGUCAUGUUUUAUACUGUACACAGGUCAUACUUCCUGGUGUGAAAAAGUAAUUAUAUUUUAUACACACAAAAUAGACCUGCUGUGAAGCUGCACUUUAAAAACUGGUCAGUAGGUGAGAUCAGUGAGAUGUUUGACUAAAGAUGUUUCAAAAUAUUCACACACGCUGUGAAGGUAGGCCAAGUUGAGGUCAGAUGGUCAUGCUUGUGACCUGUAA